AUGUUGUAAACAAAGAAGUCGGAUAUAAAAUUUAGUAUUGAUAAGCAAUUCUAUGCAUCCAUAUAAAAAAAUGUAACUGAAAAUAAACCUGUUUAAGUAUGUUCCUCUAAGUUUCCUUUGAAAAGUCAAUAAGUAUAGAUUAGAAUUAUGAAUAGAUAGAUAAAACUGCAAAUCCAAAGCUAAGGACAAAACAAUCAGAACCUAUUUUAAAAUAAAUACCUUCACUCAUAAAUCAAAGAAAAAUAAGCGAUAAUUAACAACUUCCAAAUUCAGCAGAAUAGACAAAAUGUUAUGAUGGCAAUUCGUAGCUGAUACAAUAAUUAAUAUAAGAAAAUAUAAAACUAAAAAAAUCAAACUUAGCCAAAGAUUCAAUCAUUAAUUAAUUGAUUACAAACAAUGACACAUAAAAAGUUAAUUUGUGUAGAGCAAGCACAUCUCAGACUGAAAGAAAUGGCCAUAAAUUGCUUAAGCAGCAGAACAAGUAAAAACUUAACAAAUACUUAGUUAGAAGACUGCGCGUAAGAGUAUGGAAGAACUGUCCUCAUUAGGUUUUACAUUUUGUAAUACAGAACAAAAAAAUUAUUAAAAAGAAUGUGAAUAAUUCUCUAUUAAAUCUUCAAAAAGUCCUGUUAAAUUUCCAAAAGAAUUUUAGAUAAUACCAAAUCAAAAGAAGUUUUUUGUGUGA